CGGAACUGCCCGCAUGAACCUUGGGCGUGUGGCGGCUGUCUGUUCCCCUGCAUAAAGGAAAAGACCAUAAGGAAAUAUUUGACUUCCUUUCUACGAUACCAGAGCAGAAACGAAACUAAAACACUCCGCUCAGCCCUCUGCCCCGCUGCUCCCCUCCCUUACUCUGCUUGCAAUGCUUUUCCUUCUCUCUCUGCUUUUUCCUUCUCCAUCCCUUGCAGUUCAACCCUCUGUUCUCCCUUCUCCUGGCUUAGCUAUGCAGCUGGAACACUGACCCAACAAGACACACACUCCUACAUGGGAGGAGGCAGGGAAGUGAGUGACUGGUGUAUACGCAGUGUGCUCAAGGCAGAAGACAAGGAGGCUGUUCGGGGGGGCCCUCGGUGGGACGGCUGUUGGCUGAAACAAGCUCUCAAGGGAGCCUUCCGGCCUGCACAGUGAGCUGCUCUCAGAGGCAGCCCGAGCGUCUGGGAAAUACACUUUCUCCUACAAACUGCUCAUGAAAGGGACAAAGAGGCGCGAAAGGCAUUGCUGCUGACUUCGCUUUCAUGGCGGCCCCCAGCAACACCCAGCCAGGAUCACCAAACAGCUGCAGAAAUGAACCAACGGCCGCCAAAGUGUCUCAGUUGCAGAAGGCUGUCAAAGAAGGCUCAGUCGAGAGAGCCCGGCAGCUGUUGGAGGAAGGUGCAGAUGUCAAUGGCAGGGUAGAAGGUGGUUGGACACCCUUGCACACUGCGGUACAGGCUAAUCGGGAGGAGAUGGUUCACCUUCUUCUUGAGCAUGGUGCUGAGCCAUGUGCUAGAAAGGACAACGGUGCCACUCCCUUUAUUAUCGCAGGCAUAGUGGGGAAUGUGAACCUUUUGCAGCUCUUCCUUUCCAAGGGGUCGGAAAUUGAUGAGACUGAUAACAACGGCUUCACCGCCUUUAUGGAGGCGGCUUAUUACGGGAAGCAGGAGGCCUUGAAGUUCUUGUAUGAGACUUUCUCAGGUGAGAAAGAGAGAUAUGUGAAUUUGGGCCGGGUGGUCAGUACACAGCAAAGACAAGUGCACAAAGGUGGGGAAACGGCCCUGAUGGAUGCUGCCAGGAAAGGUCACAUCUCAGCUGUGCAAACCCUCGUGGAGCACAUGGGGGCCAGUGUGCGUACUGUGGCCUUACAGCUGCCUCAGAAGAGGAACACCAUUCUUAAACAAAACAAGACAGGACCGAUUGUUUCCUAUCUGCUGGACUGUGGCGCUGAUGUUACCGGAAGAGAUGAAAAUGGAAAGACUUCACUCAUCUUGGCAGCAGAGAGGCAAAGCCUGGAGUUGGUGGACUUGCUCCUGAGGACAGGCCAAGUUGACAUUAAUGCCAUGGGCCACGAUGGCAAAACCGCGCUGAAGGUAGCUGUGGAAUACGACCAUGAGGAAAUCGCAAGGCUGUUAUGUGAGAACGGAGCCAGGGUAGAUGGCAGCAAUGUCGAGGUGGCCAAACUGAACUACAACAAUGAAAUGGCAGCCCUGCUGCUCAAAUUCGGUGACAUGGCUAUUAAUAGUCGGCCUCCUAAAGAAUGGGAACCCAUCAGCAAACGCUGGGGAGAGCAGCUACGGCGUCUCCACAGUAUCAAUUCCCCUCAGAUCGGAAAACUCAACGUCCAGUUUGACGAGUAUUACCGCAUUGAGAGCACCUCGGAAGGAGGCAUCUACCUAGGGUUCCAUGCAGGGGCAGAGGUGGCCGUGAAGAGGUUCCUUCUGGGCAGCGAGAAGGCUAAGCGAGAAGCCACGUGUCUCCGUCACAGCCUUAGCAACAGGCAUAUGGUGAAACUUCAUGGGACUGAAACUCGUGACAACUGCCAGCUCUUCUGCCUCUCCCUCUGUGAGAGGAACCUUGAGGAUCAUCUGAGCAACGCCAAACGGGCAGUGAAUUGUCACCACAUCCUCCAGACGCUCUUGGAAGCAGUGAGAGAUCUGCACUCCUUGGAAUUAGGCCACGGAGACCUGCACCCACGAAACAUUUUGAUAGAUGCGGAUGAUAAAGUUCUCCUUGCAGAUUUUGAUCAGAGUAGCAGUUUUGCUGAAGGUCAAAGGGAACUUAUAAUCAAAGAAGACUUGGAGGCACUUGGAAGGCUGGUCCCGUAUGUUGUAUCAAAGGGUGAAGUCCCUUUUGAUGGACCUGAUGGAGAGGAUGUGGCAGCAAGAUGUCCGAUGGAUGUGCCAGGUCACCUGGAGAUUAAAGAUCUCAUAAGAAGUUUGACCUCCCCCAAUGGAGGAAACUCAGCUCAGUUAGGAGACUUGAUCCACCAUCCCUUUUUCUGGAGCCGGGAGAGGUUUGAGUUCCUUGCGGAGGUUGGGAAUAAUCCAGACAUCGAAAAAAACAUAACGGAGAGCCGGAUUGUGAAAGCUUUGAAUUGCAAUGAGUCAAAGCACCUCUCAGGUGUUGCCCAGUGGACUAAGAAGAUUGAUCAAAGUGUCCUAAAAAACAUGAACCAGAAAAGGAAAUACACCUAUCAAGACAGUGUCACUGACCUUUUGAGGUUCAUCAGAAACAUAAGGGCACACUAUGAUGCAAAACCACAAUGGUUCAAGGAAAUAAUCCAGAACCCAUCAAGGUAUUUUGUUGACCAGUUUCCACGUCUGACACUUUACGUCUAUGAGUGUUUGCGCCAUGCGGACGGAGCUGCCCUAAAGAAGAUCCUUCAUCGUAUUCUCAAAGGCUACAGUCCCAGCUGAGACAUUGCUUUGCGUGCCUGAAGCUGCCCAAGAGAAGGCACAAGCUGACACCCUGUGGCCAGGUGGAAUUAAAAUGCAAGUUUAAAAAUUCAGUGGGAAUUUCCCAGAAAGAGAGGCAACUGGGGCAGAGGGGCUGGGCAGAGCGAUUAAUUUAAAAUACGUCUGUGUUUUGCUUAUUCUUCUGACGAGCAUUGCCCUUUGCAGCUGCUGCUUUGUCACGAACGUAAUCCCAGAAAUAAACGAAAGUAAAUAAAGGUGCUUUCGCAUGAACAAUACAUACAUUUAGGGAUUUUUUUGCCUAAUAAUUUUAGAGGAUUUUUUUAAAACUAUUUAACCUGUCCUGUGGAUAACCUGAUUAGCUAAAGCUUUUGCUUUAGGAUGCGAUCAUGAUCGGGAAAGUAUCUUAGCAAAAGUCAACAGGAACAGUGUAUUCUCAAUGGUAUUUGCAAGUUGAAACAAGACUUUUUGGACCGCCUAAAAUACAGUUUCAUCCUGGGUUUGGAAAUUCAGGUGGGUGCUUCCCCUUCUCCUACAAGGAGACCAACGAUACAGAUUCUGCAAUCAGAGAGUGACUGGCAAGUGUGUGGACGACACAAAGCAGGAGAGACUCUGCUCUGCUUUCCCAUCAGUAUCUCAGCGUUGCAGUGUGAACACAGUGGUAACAAUUGCAGAUGGUGGUUCUCAUGUAACGGGCAGCUCUAGAAACUGACACAAACCCAGGGAAGAGCUAUAACACGCAGGUUAGAGUGUUUUAUGCCUCUUCUUCUGAGCCAGAUCUAGUGUGGAUGUUGGUCUGCUAAAGGCUUUAGCUACAGAGUUCUGGAUUCUGCGAGGGGCCCUGGUGCGGCAUGGAGCUCUGUGAGGGCACAAGGGUGUGCCCGUUUGGCACGCCUUGCUAGAUUAUGGCCACAACGGGAUGGAACAAGACGCCACUUCAACAGAUUCCACUUGCCGUCCCAUCCAGAGCAACACAUCAAGUCUGGGAUGACGACUGGUCACCUCUCAAAGCAUUGUGGUUUUUUAACAGGAACUCUGGCAGUGGACAGCAUGGAACUGAAGUAGUUAAUGGCUGUAAUGAUUUGCUUGUACUGCAUAUAGCUCUCUUCAUAAAGCUCUGUACGAAGAUUUGUAUGCGUUCCCAAACAGCCCUGUCAGGCAGACACCCUGUCUUUUUACAUGCAUUUGAAAUUUUGAUUUAUAUAUGGCCAAGAAUAACCAUGUGAGGAAUCAAAUUUUGUCUGCUUCCUCAGGAGGCCAGUAAUACUGAGUUUGGGUUUCAGAAGCCCUUUGUUAAACAUUCCACAAACACAGAAGGAAGAGAGGUUGGCGUGGUUACAUACAGUAACUUCUAGAAACGACGAGUGGUCCUAUGGCAUCUUAAGAGACUAACUAAAAUAUAUAGAAUCAUGAGCUUUCAUGGACAAAACUCACUUCAUCAGAUGAAUUGGAGUGGAAAUAACAAGCCAAGAGAGAGAGAUAACAGCAGAAGAAGUUCCAGUCAAUUGUGGGACCCGUGUUAAUGAGGCUAAUAAAGUGUGCUGGAUGUGUGCCCUACAUAGCUUUUAAUGUGGAAAUGCGGAUAUUAAUGGCAGGAGAAAUUGGCUUUGUAAUGUGCCAACCAAUUAAUGUCUUUGUUUAGGCCCAGGAUAACAGUGUCAAAUCUGUAGAUAA